CCUCUCAAUGUCUCUGUCCGCUGCAUCUCCCUGCUCCCAGACUUUCUUCCCCUGAAGUGUGAUGCCUGCGAGCAGAUCUUCUGCACCGACCACAUCGCUUACGCCCAGCAUGACUGCACCUCUGCCUACAAGAAGGAUGUGCAGGUCCCCGUGUGUCCUCUCUGCAACACCCCAGUCCCGGUGAGGCGGGGGGAGAUGCCUGAUGUGGUGGUGGGUGAGCACAUUGACCGUGACUGCAAGUCCGACCCCGCACAGCGCAAACGCAAGAUAUUCACCAACAAGUGUUUGAAGCCUGGCUGCAAGCAGAAGGAGAUGAUGAAGGUGAUCUGUGACCAGUGCCACAAGAACUACUGCCUCAAGCACCGGCACCCCCUGGACCACGACUGCAGCGCAGCAGGGCGUCCCCUCUCCAAAGCAGGGCACGCUGCAGUUGCGAGAGCCCAGGCAUCCUCCGCCAAAACAGCAGCCACAUCGAGCGGUGGAGCUGCCCGGCCAGCAGACAGUCCCUCUUCUCCAGCCUCUGCCAGAGGAGGCAGAGCAGCUGUGUCGCAGCCUCGCAGCACCUCCCCUCCAGCUGUCGUGCUGCAGAAUGGGCUGAGCGAGGAAGAGGCCCUGCAGAGAGCUCUGGAGAUGUCCCUGGCAGAGUCAGCACCCAGCUCAGCCCUUCCACCCAGCAGCUUGCAGGAGGAGGAGGAUCUGGCACUGGCCCAGGCGCUGUCAGCGAGCGAAGCAGAGUACCAGCAGUCGCAGAGGCAGGCACACAGUUCAAAGCCAUCCAACUGCAGCAUGUCGUAG